UAUCGCAACAAUGACCACAAUGGCAGCAUUCACAGACAUUUGCCAAUGGUCAAGCUUUCAUUGCCAGCCUUCUUUAAUGGUGCCACGGAUUACUUGCACCGGAAAUUGGAAUCAUCAUGGAUUGUCAAGUAGUUUCUCAUGGAAACUUUUUUGCCCCGAAUCAGCAAGUUUUAAAUUCAGCUCCUCUCGCAGGCUUGUUGCACGCAGAAGCUAUGUUCCUAAGAAAGGAAUACAAGUUGUAUCUCCAAAUAUAGGAUCACAAACCUUGACAAUUGAAUUUCUGAAUGCAUGGGAUGAUGAAUAUGGAGGGGUCAUUGUUGAUCCAGAAAGCUUACCUUCGAGUGCAAAUGCUUUUGCAUCCACGUUAAAGGCUUCUAUAUCCAACUGGAAAUUAAAGGGGAAAAAGGGAAUAUGGCUGAAGAUAACUCUAGAGCAAGCUGAUCUUGUUCCAAUAGCUAUUCAGGAGGGCUUCCUCUACCACCACGCCGAGCCAGGAUAUGUUAUAUUAACAUACUGGAUACCAAAUGAGCCUUGCAUGCUCCCUUCUAGCCCUUCACAUCAGAUAGGCAUUGCAGCAUUUGUCAUAAAUGAUAAAAGAGAGAUCCUUGUAGUGCAAGAAAAAUGUCCUUGUAGCUGCCCAGGGGUAUGGAAGUUGCCUACUGGUUAUAUUGACAAGUCUGAAGAGAUAUUUUCAGGAGCUAUAAGAGAAGUGAAAGAAGAAACCGGGGUAGGAAUGAUUCAGAUUCCAUUGCUAUGAUCAGUUUACUGCCAUUGUUGGUUUCAUUUUUUAUUCUCAUGAUCUGCAGGUAGACACAAUUUUCCUAGAAAUGGUUGCUUUCAGACAUGCCCACCUUGUGGCUUUCGAAAAGUCAGACCUGCAGUUUGUGUGCUUGCUUAAGCCAUUGUCCUUGGAGAUCACAGUAGAUGAGAAGGAGAUUCAAGAUGCAAAGUGGACUACUCUUGAUGAACUAGUACAACAACCAUUUUACCAGGAAGAUCAGAUGUCAAAAAGGGUGAUCGAAAUUUGCAUGGAAGCAUAUGAAAAUCAUUACAAUGGAUUCAUUGCUCAUCAGCUGAUCUCAAAAUUUGAUGGGAAACAGUCUUACUUGUAUUACAAGGAGACAAUGACAGAAUAGUUUUUCUGUUUUUCACUCUCAUUGAAAGGAUCAAAAUCUUCUCCGCUACAAUUUCUAGUAGACACAAACUAAUCAAUGAUCCAAUUAUCUAUGAACCAAAAAUCACUCUUUUAUUAUGUUGGACUCCCCACUCAUUAACUAGUUAAUGAUCCAAUUAUUGGAUUUACUAGUAUUCUUACUGGGCUUAGUAUUUUGAAGAGUCAUCCUAAUUCAUGUUGUUAAUGUUCUGAUGUUCAAACAAGAGUUAGAAUG